AUGGAUUCCGGCAUUUCAUCAAACCCCCCCUCACGUUCCUUAGCCGACAAGGCUGCAAUCGUAACAGGCGCAGGCUGUCUUGGUGAUGGUAUUGGCAACGGACGCGCCAUUUCAAUCCUUCUUGCUGAAGAUGGCUGCGACGUGAUCUGCGUCGACCUCAACCUGGAGUGGGCCAACAAGACAGUGGAAAUUGUGAAUUCGAAACCCGGCCGUGGACAGGCGCUUGCAAUUCGCGCAGACGUCACAUCAGAAGAGGACUGCCAAGCAGCGGUGCGCUUCGCAGUCGAACAAUUCGGACGACUGGACAUCUUGAUCAACAAUGUCGGAAUUGGCGGCGCAGCGGGUACUGCGGUCGAAGUUGAUAUGCUCCAGUGGGCUAAGAGUAUGGAGAUCAAUGUUGCCAGCAUGGUUCAGAUGGCCAAAUACGCAAUCCCAGAGAUGUCCCGGAAUGAGGGGGAGAUAAAGGGUAGCAUUGUGAAUAUGGGCAGUGUGGCUGGGUUGAAGGGUGGUACACCCCAUCUCCUAUAUCCAACUGCUAAGGGCGCUAUUGUCAAUAUGACGCGUGCGAUGGCGGCACACCACUCCCCUGAGGGGAUACGUGUGAACUGUGUGUGUCCGGGUAUGCUAUACACGCCCAUGAUGUAUGGGAAGGGUAUGAGCGAAGAGGCUCGUGAAGCCCGUCGGAAACGAAGCUUGUUGGGCACAGAAGGGAAUGGAUGGGACUGUGCUGGAGCUGUGGUGUUCCUGGCUGGACCUCAUGCUCGGUGGAUGACUGGUGUUAUUUUGCCUGUUGAUGCAGGGACAACAGCUGCGGUAGGAAUUGGAAUGACCAAGAGCGCAAGUGUCAAUGCAUAA